AUGGAUAAGGAAAGGAGGCACAGAAGGAAAGGAGGAGGAUUGGAGAAGGAGAAAUGGUAUUGGAAAAGGGGGAUUGGAGGAGGAGAAGGAAAGGAGGAGGGGAAGGCAGAGGAAAGGAAGGAAGAAGAAGGGGGAAGGGGAAGGGAUAAGGAAAGGAGGCACAGAAGGAAAGGAGGAGGAUUGGAGAAGGAGAAAUGGUAUUGGAAAAGGGGGAUUGGAGGAGGAGAAGGAAAGGAGGAGGGGAAGAAGGAAAGGAGGAAGAGAAGGAUUGAAGAAGGAAAGGAGGCACAGAAGGAAAGGAGGAGGAUUGGAGAAGGAGAAGGGGGAUUGGGAAGGAAAGGAGGGAGGAGAAGAAAGGAAGGAGGAGAGGAAGGAGGAAAAGAAGGAAAGGAGAAGAGAAGUGAAGAAGGGAGGAGAAGAAGAAAGAAAAGAUAUGGAGAAAGAGAAGAAGGAAAGGAGAAGGAAGAAGAGAAGAAUGGAUGA